AUGAUCUCUCAAAUUCGUCAGAAUUACCCCAUAGAAACAGAGGACUUCCUCAACCACCUGGUGAACCUGUACUUGCAGGCUUUUUAUACUUACCUCUCUAUGGGCUUCUGUUUCAGCUCCCAAAGAGGGACCCCGGAUCCCGUGGGCCCCUUCCACCAACUGGCUAAGGAGAAGCAUGAGGUCUCUGACAAGGUUCUGGUUAUGCAGACCGACUCUGGGGGCCGCGCCAUCUUCCACAGAGUCCAGAAUCCUCCCAAAGAUGAAUGGGGGACAGCCCUGGAGCACAUGGAAACCACCCUGGCCCUGGAAAAGAAACUCAACCGGGUGUAUAAGCUGUUCCGGGACAUUACAGAGUCGUAUUGCCCACACUGA